AUGUAUUCAGUGGUGACAAUUAUUGUACUUCUAACAGGACAAACAAAUGGUCAAUACGGUGAAAUAGCAUCACUAAUUGGUGAUUCUCUUACACCAGGACUUUUCGGCAGUGCAGCUAGCGGUUUAGCUGGAGCUGCUUCAGGUUUUCUCGGCAAAAUUGGAACAUUGUAUCAAAUUGCUCAAGGUGCAUUACAAUUAACAGGUACCGAUGUUGGUAUCCUGAAUCAGGCUGCAGAAGGAAAAUGGUUUAAUAAAGUUGUUGAAGAAGCUAGAAAUGCUAAUCGGGAAAUUCAAGACACAACACUGAUUGGUGCGUACAUUACUUCAAUUUUUAUUUAG